AUGGGUCGAUACAACUUUGCGCCUCAGCGCGUACACCAGGCCGCUACGCGCCUCCUCCAGGUUCGCGACCUCAAAGGCCCACAAUCAUCUUCAGUUGCACCACCCUGGUACACAAUCAUCGGCAAUCUACCGCCAUCAGAACGUCUCGUGCGUCCGCCAUUGCAAUCUGCCCAGCGCAAGGGCAGAAAGGCCAGCAAGCUCUUCCAGCCCGUCAAACUCCAAUAUCCCGAGGACCAACUCAGACUCGACUUCUUCGGCGACCACCCAUGGGAGUUGGCAAGACCUAGACAGGUUCUCGAGGAUGACGGCAAGGACUACCAGAAGUUCGAUUGGAGCCAGCUGGACCAGCCCACCAAGCAGGUCGACGGAGAAAGUGUUGUCCAAAGACAAGCAUGGCUUAUGGGCCUUCUCCGACAUGAACUCGACUUCUCUGCCUCUCCACAAUUGCUAGACUACCUACGGUCCGAAGCUUUCCAGGAGGAGCUGCUGCCCUUGUUCAAAGAAGAAUACGCCGUCGACUUACAAUCCAGUCAACUGCCGUCAAGAACUGAAUACACCGACGCCGAUGCUAGCGUCCCUGUCAACCUCUACUUGACAUACCACCCCAAAUACCCUCACCAGUUCAAGGAUGCUCUCAAGCGCCUGAACCAAAUCCUNGCCGAACAGGGUAUCAACACUUCCUCAAUCAACAAGCGUUCCUUCAGCGUCGCCUUGCUACACUCCGAUUCUGUCGCCCAAACGCUAGGAAGCAUGGAUCUCGCAGCCAUCAGCAAGCAAUACAACAUCACCAUGACCCUCGAGCCCGAAUCAACCAUCAAGCCCUUCGCCGAAGACCCCUUCAAUGUCCUCCCAAUCUCUCUCUCAUACUACCGCAACGCUUCCGCAAACGUGUCUGCGCUGCUCAACCACCUCGCAACCACCNNCCUCAACAUCAAGACCACAGACAUCCUCAGCCCUACACUCCCCACCGCAGAGCCAGACACAUACCAAGCCUACACAAAGGCCGGCGCCUACGACAAGGCCCGCAAAGAAUUCUACGACGUCCGCCACACACAGGACAUUGAGCGCCGCGUCGCCCGCGAAGAGGCUCUCUGGACUGGCGCCGAGUUCGGUCCCUCACCUCUGGACAUCGGUAUGCAGCUCGAAGACCAGAAGUACGAGGAAUGGCGCGAGUGGGCGGCCAAGGAAAUCACCGCCAUCAAGCAGCUCUCGGGCUCCUCAGGCAAUGCCCGUGAUCAGGAUGCUCCUCUGGAUCCUGAGGCUGACCAGGAUGUCUUGUCUGCUUUGGACGAAGUGGAACCCAGUGUGCCUGGUAGCAAGAGAGGCCAGAACGCUCAAGGCGGUGCCUUUGUCCACGCAUAA